GGGCUUCCGUUACGGACAGUCCAGUUACAGUGCUCUGUGCAAGCACGCAUCUCACGCGGCCCAAAGUGUCAAACCGAGCGAACCGAAGGUGGCCGAACGAAACUUCAUCGAGAACAAACCUUGCAAUAAUAAUAAUAAUAGUAAUCUUGCUUCGGGUUUCGUUCUACUUCUCGAAGAGAGACAUGGUUCGACGGUUGGCGCAUUGUUCCGUUCAUCUGGCUCUCCUGUUGGCCGUGGCUUCGGCCAGGUCGGCCGAGACCAAUCCCACGACCAAUUCCAUCGACGGGGAGGCGGGUAGAUCGGCAACGGGGAACGGCAACGUGUUCGGGGAUCUACGGCAGAUGUAUCAGAUCUACAAGGAAUGCGCGGACGAGGAUCUCAGUUCCUGUUUGAAAGUGAGGCUGUUGUCGGUCAUAGACAGGGUGUCGAGGAGCGUCCAGUUGAACGUCGCGGACGGAGUCACGUUCGUCCAGGACGAUCCAAUUUCGGAGGCCAACGUUGCGUCGGACGAGCCGCCGAAAUCGUUACAGGAGAUCGAGGCUAGCCUGCCGAGAAGUUUGGAGGACAAGGAGGACGCGUUGAACGCAAUGAUCUUCGACAAGGUGGUCAAGUUCUUCCAGAGCCACACGUUGAAGUUGAAACUGCCCAAUGUGGAGGAACUUCAACGGAGUCUCGUCGAGGAAGGUCGCAAAAAGAAGAAGAACAUGAGCGGUCUUCUCGCCAUUCCCCUUCUGAUCGGUGGAACCCUGGUGCCGCUAGCUCUGGGAGCGUUGGCCCUCCUGGCCGGGAAAGCUCUGAUCGUGAGCAAGCUCGCUCUCGUGCUGGCCUCCAUCAUCGGUUUGAAGAAGCUGGUGUCGGGAGGCGGGGACCACGGCCACGAAGUGGUUCAAGUAGCUGGUGGCCACGGAUCGAGCGGAUGGGCGAGAUCGAGUCACGACCUCGCCUACUCCGCCUACAAGCCCUCGUCCUCCACCUAACAAAGGAAAACAAAGGAAGACGACGAGAAAGAGAGAUCAAGAGAUUGCCCUUGCCUUUUCAAUCUCGUUAGACUUCGCUUUCACGAAUCAUGUCCUUCCUCGACGUCCAGAUGUCGCUUUUCACCACGACCGUUCAUCUCUCUCUCUCCUCUCUCUCCCUUCUCUCUCUCUCCCUCCCUCCCUCUCUCCCUCUUUCCCUCACUCUCUCUCUCUUUCUCACACACGCACAUACGUUACGCUUCCCCAUUUAUCCCCAAACAAAACGAAACGAAACACGAGAAAGAAAAGAGAAUCAUUCCAUCGUCUCACACCAUAUUUAUUUAUUUGUUGCGCGCGGAGCUGCUAGCCAGCCAUGUAUAUUUAUAGAUGUAUGGAAAUAUAUUAAGAUCAAGAUUCGUCCGUA